AUCAAAGCGUAAAUUGAUUUUUCAUUUGUUUGACUUUAAUUUGUUGCGUUUACUUCUGCAGAUUAGAUUUUGUAUUUCGUCUUAAUAACUUUGUUUUUUUCAUCAAAUGUAUUCCCGUCGAACUAGCCGAAUCUCUUUUUUUGUGGAUAUAUCUUAUAAAUCGUUUGUUUGAAUAUUUGUCGAAGAAACCGGGGGUAUAUAUUUUUAAAUAACUUUAAAAUGUUGUCAUUGUUUGAACGAGAAGAUACUCGUGAAAUAUUGCCUAUGAAUGAAAAUACUCCUAUUAGCAUCCUAUUAGUAGUAUCUGGAAGCAGAGGAGAACGUUUGUUAUACAGAUAUCCUUUUAAUGAUCCAUGCUGUGAACAUGUUCAAACAAAUAAAAAUAAUCUGAAAAGUUCUUUUAAGAGUCCCUACGCUAGAGUUAAGAACCCUCAUGCGGCACUAUCGCAAACUCAUUUUCUUCAGAAUGGAGAGUUGUAUGGCUUCAGUGACGUUCUACUCGCCACCCUCCUUGUACCAAAAAUUGUCGAGACAAACUUUGAAGUUAAAAUAGAUAAACUAAAGCUUGUCGGGUAUCCGGUUUUAAUGACAGGUUAUGAGGAUAAUGCAUUUGAAGAUUGUGUGAUUGAGGAUGAUCAUCCGCUUAAUGAAGACGUUACAAUUAAGAUAAUUCAUGUCGUUUUUGCUCUGCACUCGAACACCGACGAUUUUGUUGUAAAACAUUAUCAAAAUAUAUGUAGAAUGAUUGGGAAAGCUUUAAGACACGAAGAAAAAAGGUGUCGGUAUUUUAGCACUCAGCGCGAAAUAAUGCUUGCUCAAAGAGAAUGUUCUGAAAAAAUAUCUGAUGUCGAAUUGAAUCCUUUUGAAUCCAUCAUGAAAGAAAGCGAGUUAGCAAGAGUUUUAACAGAAGUUUUUGAGUGCAUGUGUAGCGGUGGUGUUCUCAAUACAAAGUUAAAUAAAUGGAUCAAUUUAAGCUAUUCACUACCGCAUAUGGUUCACAGUGGAAAAAAAACAAUGAUAAAAGAGAUGAAAUUUAUUCAAUAUAUGCAAGGAAUAAAGCCUUAUCAUACAAUGUUGCUUUUAGACGAAAGCGGUCGAGAUAAUCUAAUUUCUUUUCUUCCGAUUGAUGCUUCUCCUGUUCUCAAAAGGCUAAUAAAACAUUCAAGUCCUGUAAAAAAUUUUCAAACACUAAGUCAAGAUGCUGAUAUAUCUUUACCGCAAAUAUUUCAAGUAGUUGCCCAUCUAGUGUAUUGGGGUAAGUGUACUGUAAUAUACCCACUUGCUGAGAGCAACGUAUAUAUUCUUUCCGAAGACGCACCGACUGCAAAAGAUAGCAAAGCAGCAGAAGAGUUUGCCAAGGUUUUCCAAGAACAUUCGCUUCAUAAAGUACUUGCCAUAUUUUCUUCUCCAACUUCGCUCGGCGAUUACCGCAAUAUACGUUGUAAUCAACAGCAGAGUGAACAAGCCCAAAUAGUGAAGUGGAUGCUUAUACAUGGAAUACUAAAACAACUGCAUACAUACGUCAUUAUUUUGCCUGCAAAUGAAAAUUUUAUUUCUGAUGAUAAAAAAAGCAACGAGUUAAUUGAAUUAGCGAAACGUUAUCUUAAAAAAAACGAAAUCAGUAUAUUUAGUAACUUUACUUUUGCCGAAAAAAAGGGUUUCCUACAAUUAGUAGAUCUUGUUGACAAGGAGGACUUGGUGUUUUUUUUAAAUAUGUCAAAAUAUUUUCGAGGAGAACAUCAUUUGGAAGAUAUAAUGUACUACGAAAAUGUCCCCAGAUCGAAGUUGCUUACAUUAAUUGAUAAGUUCAGAAGCAUGCUUCUCACCGUAGAUCACGAAGAUUCUGCGCUUUUAUGAGCUCAAAAAAGACUUUCUAAAAAAGAAGUUCUAGUAAUAAUGUGUUUUUAACAAUAAACAACAAAAAGAAAGUAUUGAGCCGUACGAAAACUAAAAAUUAACUGUUAAAAAAGUUAUUAUAAAACCAAUUUAAUUACUUUCACCGCUCUCAACAGUUUUGUCACUAGUUUUGUUACGCUUGUCACUAUCGAGCAAUUUUAUUAAUGGUUGAAGCUAUCAAAUCAAAGCGAAUGCUAAUACUUUCAAUAUUACAUUAAUUGUUACCUACAGAGCCAUGACUAAAGGUUUUGUAUCGCUAAAGUACAACUAAAAAAACCAUUCUUAUUUCGAUAAUGUAUUAACUAAAUUAUAUCAACCAACUGUAAACUCUUUUCAGUAGCAGUGCUUAUUAUUGGAAAGUGGGUUAGCGCGGAAGGAAUGGACCACUUUUUUUUUUUGAGCUAUUAUAUCAAGUAAAUCAAAAAGUAAUGACAAUGAGCUUUAUGUAAAAGGUUUUUAAUAGUAAUAAAUGAAUUAUUAAAUA